AUGUACAAACAGCUCAUUGCCGCCAUUGCCUGGUUGGCCAACAUAGCCGCAGCUGAGACUGUCCACGGUGCAGUGGUUUUUAGUCGCCAUGGAGAUCGCACGACCAAGUGGUACGGCGCUCAAAGGCUUACCAGCCUUGGUGCGUCGCAGAAUUUCAAAGUCGGCAGCGAGUACAGAGCCCGUUACCUGGAUUCCAGCUCGUCCAGCCAGAUCCUCGGCGUCUCCGAGGACCAAUAUAUUGGCUCGCAAAUCUUUGCCAGCGCGCCUGACCAGAGUAUUCUUCUGAGCACAGCCACGGCAUUCCUUCAGGGCCUCUAUCCUCCUCUGAUUGACCUCGCCCCGGCGAUUGCCACUCAAACCCUUAACAACGGCACGAACAGCACAAGCCCUCUCGAUGGCUACCAGUACGUCCUGCUGCACGGUGUUGCCGAUAACUCGCCCGACACGAUCUGGAUCAAGGGCGACGACGCCUGCCCGGCUUACGUGAAUGCCUCCAAGUCGUUCAAGACGAGCGACCUUUUCGCAGAGCGUGUUGAGGCUACGCGUGAUUUCUACGGGAGCUUCUACGACGUACUGAGUGAGGGUGUCUACAACCUCAAGCCCGAGAACAUGACCUACGCCAAAGCCUACGAUAUCUUUGACCUCAUCAAUGUUGCACGCAUCCACAACAUGACCUCAGCUGCUCGCAAUGUUUCAAACGAGGAUCUCUUCCAACUGCGCACCCUUGCCGAUUCGGCGGAGCAUGGCCUCAACUGGAACGAGUCGCAGCCCAUGCGCGCUCUGGGUGCGGAGACACUUUCGGGCGCGGUUCUCACGCAGUUAAACCAGACUGUUGCGUCCAAGGGAAAGCUGAAGUUCUCCUUUCUGGCCGGAAGUUAUGACACUUUCCUUGCUUUCUUUGGUCUAGCCGGCUUGCUCGAGGUUUCUGAUAAUUUUUACGGCCUGCCAGACUACGCUUCCACCAUGUCAUUUGAGCUUUUCAGCGACGACGCUCAGGAAUUUCCUGCGAACCCAGAUGAAGAUCUCCGCGUGCGCUGGCUGUUCAAGAAUGGCACUGAUGGCGAUCUGACCACCUUCCCUCUGUAUGGCACUGGCGAGGAGUCCCUUUCUUGGUCGCGCUUUGUCUCCGAGACGCAGAAGCGCGCCAUCAGCGAUGUCGGUACUUGGUGCAACAAGUGCGUAGCUGCCGAAGAUUUUUGCGCCGCCUACGAGGAUGAUGCCAGCUCGCAGAGCGAGGGCAGCGACAACAAUGAAAGCGGAGGCAUGUCCAACGCUGUUGCUGGGGUCAUCGGAGCCGUUGUAGCGCUGGCCGUUGCAGGCCUGGCGGCUGCCAUCUUCUUUUUCCUUCGCAGGCGCAAAGGCUCCGUUGCUUCCAGCAAGGGUAGCGUGAAAAGCGUCAGUACCGACGCGAGCCGGCACAAGGUUUGA